AUGUAUUCAAAGAAUCGCCGAACCUCUAGUCAAACUACAAGACAAAAGCAAAAAGAAGUGAUCAAACGAUCGCCGACGAGUGAUACUCCGUCAGAGACGAGCUCAAUUGUGCAGACGACCGUCACACCGCCGAUCUUCAACGAAACCAGUACUACAUUGGGAUCGGUCCCAGUGACCCCUUCCACGAGCGGUAAUCGACUACUAACUCCACAGCCGGCUCGACCUCGAAGCCGAUCUUUGUGUGCUCAGCAGAUUGAGGCCGAUGUUCAAACGGUAAAUGCGAACUCUCCCCUUCUCUCACCGCAGGUGAAUCGGGAAAAUGGCCGCGAAACGCGAAAGCACUCGACUGGCGUUGUACCCUCUCUGAAUCGAAUCCGAAUAACAUCUGCCUUCAAAAUUGCAAAAUCUUCGAUGGGUGAAGCAAUUUUGAAAAGAGCUUCCGCGUCUCGACCCGAGAUUCGAUUAUUUCUCGUAAAGUUGAAUGAAGAGCAAAUGAGCGAACUUGGACGAGUGCUUUUCGAGAUGAUCGGCGAAGGGGUGGCGAGACUUGACUCAGCUGAUCAUGUUCAAAAUGCGGGUAAAUCGGCAGGAGCAGCUUUCGCCGUUUUGUCGCCAAUGGGCUUUCGGCCUGACUUCUUUGCGCCACUCGCCGACGCAGCCAUUGCUGAGUGCGUAAAGUUGGAUGCUGGUUCGCAUAAGCGCUGCGAAACACUGCUCGCCUGGUCGCAACUCGUUUCAGCGCUCUUCUCGGCGGUUCGCGACGGUUAUUACUCAAGAAUUCGAUAUCAAAGGAGAUCCUCUUUACCCCAAGGACAACUUCAAAUCCAGCGCGUGCCCAGUUUGGAUUUAUGUAAAAAUGCGAUCUCUGAAAGUCCU